AUGAAGGACUUGAUAGUCGACGCUAAUUUCCCCCGCACCGAGGACAACCGAGUCUAUCACCUUGGUAUCCGUGCGGGGGAAGUAGCGAAUCGAAUAGUGACUGUGGGUGCCCCGUCGCGCGCGCGAGGGAUCGCCUUGUAUCUCGAUGCCUCGCCGAAACCGUUUACAUUGGCAUCAGAGCGUGGCUUCACGACCAUUACCGGCCGUUACAAGGGCGUUCCCAUCUCCAUCGUCAGCAUAGGAAUGGGAUAUCCGAAUGCCGACUUCUUUGUACGCGAAGUGAGAGAAUGCCUUAGCGGCGAUAUGGUCGUGGUGAGAUUAGGAUCAUGCGGCGCUCUCAUCGAUACGCCUGUGGGGUCGGUGGUGGUCCCGAAGUCCAGUGUUUCUGUCAACAGAAACUAUGACUUCGACUUUGUCACUGGUCAUUCGCAUGAGCCACCUUAUAGAAUCAGUAAACCGGUCAAUGCGGACCCUGUUCUCCAUGACGCUGUACCAUUUCUAACCACACCUCGGUGUCGCAGCUUUUAUUCCUCGCAAGGGAGGCAGACGUCUUUCCCGGACCAUAAUGCUGACCUUAUUCGCCAACUCCAAGAGUCGCAUGAAGACUUAGGUACAUUAGAAAUGGAGACAUUUCAUAUCUUGCAUUUGGCUGCCAGCUGGCCGGGCCAGGCCCGCGUCGAGCAAACCAUCAAGCCCCCAAUCAGCACCCUUCCUGUCACCCCUGUCAUUUCCUCACCUCCUCAGCCAUCCAGUCAGGGCCAGCCGCCCAGCGUUUCCGAAUCGAACAGUCACGGUGAUCUGAUGACACCGAGGCCAAGCAUUCGCGCGGCGGCUGCACAGAUGGUGUUUGCCUCGCGGACGUCCCAAGAAUUCAUCACCCCAGAGCAAGUCGUGGAAAUAGAGGCAUGGUCCGGCCGAGCGGUAUUGGAAGCUCUAACAUCAUUAGACCUAGACCAAAAUAGAAUUCAUCCAGAGAGAGGGAGCGUCUGGGCUUUGUAA